AUGCUACUCAAAACCCAAACACUCACUAUCUCUCCUUUCUUCCCACGAAACCCGAUUAAAUCUCACCGCUACCAAACACUGGUCCGUUGUCUCGGCGUUGACUCGGUGACAACUCGGAGAAAACUCGGUUUGGUCGCCACAACUACUCCGACAUUCCAGGGGAAUCCGGUGGUGACUCGUCGAAAAAUCAAACUAGAGAGAAUUACGAGGAGCUGCAUCGGAACAGAUCGGGAAAUCGGCGAAACUGAUGAAGAAGAAGAAGGAGAGGAGAAGAAGAGAGAGGAUCUGGUGAAACAGAGUGUGUGGGAACAGAUGAAAGAGAUCGUGAAGUUCACAGGUCCGGCGAUGGGGAUGUGGAUUUGUGGACCGUUGAUGAGUCUCAUAGACACGGUGGUCAUCGGCCAAGGAAGCUCCGUCGAACUAGCCGCCCUUGGACCCGGUACAGUACUAUGCGAUCACAUGAGCUACGUCUUCAUGUUCCUCUCCGUGGCUACAUCCAAUAUGGUCGCCACUGCUCUUGCCAAACAGGACAAGAAAGAAGCACAACAUCAAAUCUCGGUCUUACUCUUCAUUGGGUUGGUUUGUGGACUAAUGAUGCUUUUGUUGACAAGACUAUUCGGGCCUUGGGCUGUUACUGCUUUUACAAGAGGGAAGAACAUUGAGAUUGUACCUGCAGCCAAUACAUAUAUUCAGAUUCGAGGCUUAGCGUGGCCGUUUAUUCUUGUUGGAUUGGUUGCUCAAAGCGCAAGUCUUGGAAUGAAGAACUCAUGGGGACCUCUUAAGGCAUUAUUAGCAGCAACGGUCAUUAAUGGUCUUGGAGAUACAAUCCUAUGCUUAUUUCUCGGACAAGGUAUCGCCGGAGCUGCUUGGGCAACAACCGCCUCUCAGGUUGUUUCGGCUUUUAUGAUGAUGGAUUCUCUGAACAAAGAAGGCUACAAUGCUUACUCCUUCGAAGUGCCUACACCGCAAGAACUAUGGAAGAUCUCUGCACUCGCCGCACCUGUCUUCAUCUCAAUUUUCUCCAAGAUUGCUUUCUACUCUUACAUCAUCUACUGUGCUACCUCCAUGGGAACUCACGUUUUAGCAGCUCAUCAGGUGAUGGCUCAGACGUACAGGAUGUGCAAUGUAUGGGGUGAGCCACUGUCUCAAACGGCUCAGUCAUUUAUGCCUGGGAUGUUAUAUGGUGCGAACCGUAACCUUCCUAAGGCUAGAACGUUGCUGAAGUCCCUUAUGAUUAUUGGAGCCACGCUUGGAUUAGUCUUGGGAGUUAUCGGAACAUCGGUUCCAGGUCUGUUCCCUGGUGUCUACACACAUGAUAAAGUCAUCGUAACCGAGAUGCAUAGACUUCUUAUUCCUUUCUUCAUGGCUUUGUGUGUAUUGCCUACGACUGUAUCCCUAGAGGGUACAUUGCUGGCGGGACGUGAUCUCAAAUUCGUCAGCGCGGUGAUGAGUUUAAGCUUCGUUCUUGGCUGUCUCACACUAAUGUUGGUGACACGAAGUGGCUUUGGUUUACUCGGCUGUUGGUUCGUUCUCGUGGGAUUUCAAUGGGGUCGGUUUGGCCUGUAUAUACGGCGGCUUCUUUCACCUGGAGGCAUACUUAACACGGAUGCUCAGAGUCCAUAUACGGUGGAGAAGAUCAAAUCAGUUUAA